GGUGGUGUCGAUCUUGAUACCAGCUGCUCCUUUUCCGGUCCGCUCAGCGCCACCGCCACCGGUCGCAGGACCGACGAGGCCGAGAACGGCGACACUCCGGAAAUUUGCGAGGUGGACCGUAGGCCAUCCGAAGCCGAAGAAGACACUCGGCCAUGGCCGCCGCCAGCAGCAGUCGAAGCAGAGGAGGAGCGCGUGCUGGAGGUGGAGUGCAGGGGGCUGGACCACGCAGACGCGCUGGGCCUCAUCGCCAUCGGCAACCGGCUGCGGUGCAUCAGCAACUGGCUGGUGGUGGCGAUGCAGAAGCUACGGCACCCGCACCCGGAGCACGGCGGAGGGAAGCAGCUGGUACGGGUGUACGGGCCGCGCGUCAAGUUCGAGCGGGGGCCCUCGCUGGCGUUCAACGUGUACGACUGGAAGGGGGAGAAGGUGGCGCCGGCGCUGGUGCAGAAGCUUGCCGACCGGCAGGGCAUCUCCCUCACCUGCGGCUUCCUGCGGAACAUCUGGUUCGCUGACAAGUAUGAGGCCGACAGGAGCGCCGUCCUUGAGCAGGCAAGCGACGGCGGCGGCGAGAUGGGGAUCCAUGUGGUGAAUGCGUCGCUGGGGUUCUUGACCAACUUCGAGGACGCGUACAAGCUGUGGGCGUUCGUGGCCAAGUUCUUGGACGCCGACUUCGUGGAGAAGGAGAGGUGGAGGUACACGGCGCUCAACCAGAAGACCGUCGAAGUGUAGGUCGCCACCACCAUGUUCUGUUCACUGCGUCAUUUGUUCACCACGUCGUUCUUCUGUACUGCAUUUGGGAAUACAUGCAACCACUGGUCAAGAGGAAGCCGUUCGGCCCA